UGGAGGGCGUCCGGGAAGCCAUGGAGGUUUUGGUCCUGGCCGGAUACAGCGCGCAGAAGGGGGACGAGCUGAGUCUGGCGCCCGGGGACGUGGUCCGGCAGGUGCGCGACGGGCCCGCACGCGGGUGGCUGCGCGGAGAGCUGGGGGGCUAUUAUGGCCUCUUCCCUGAGCACCUAGUGCAGGAGAUCCCGGAGAGUCUACGCGGCGCCGCAGAGGCGCAGAGACCGCGCUGUGCGCGCCGCCGAGGUCACCCCGCCAAAUCUCGGGGCCCCCAAAGAUGGUGCAAAGUGAACUUCAACUACAGCCCGGAGCAGGCGGACGAGCUGAAGCUGCAAGCUGGGGAGAUUGUGGAAGUGAUAAAGGAGAUUGAGGACGGCUGGUGGCUGGGGAAGAAGAACGGGCAGCUGGGCGCCUUCCCAUCCAACUUUGUGGAGUUGCUGGACAGUGGGCCCCCAAGCCUUGGUCACCCAGAUAUGCCUUCAAUCAGUCCUGGUCCCCAGCGGCCUCCCAAGCUGAGCAGCCUGACCUAUGACAGCCCUCCAGACUACCUGCGGACAGUCUCCCGCCCUGAGACCUACAGGGUCCUGUUUGACUACCAGCCUGAGGCCCCAGACGAGCUGGCACUUCGGAGAGGAGACGUGGUGAAAGUACUGAGGAAGACCACAGAGGAUAAGGGCUGGUGGGAAGGAGAGUGUCAAGGCAGAAGAGGUGUUUUUCCAGACAACUUUGUGCUCCCACCACCCCCAAUCAAGAAGCUCGUUCCACGGAAAGUGGUAUCUCAGGAAUCAGCUCCUAUUAAAGAACCAAAAAAGUUGAUGUCCAAAGCAUCCCUCCCUAUAGUCAAGAAGGUGGUGACAGCCCCCACUGGACCCAGCAAAGCCAAGACAUCUUCAACAGCCAGCAGGGACAGUCAGAAGCUCCCCUCCGCAGGCUCAGGCUCCAAUGGCAGCUUCCUCAAUGGGGGUCCGUGUCACCCUGGCAGAAAACGAUCCAAAACCCAGGCUCCCCGGCAACGCUCUGCACCCAGUCAGGAGAAAGAGCAGAGCAGCCUGGCAAAGGCCUCUGCUGUGAGUAGAACCCCUCCUCUGGACAAGACCGCCACCCCAGAGAAGACCCCAUCUCCAGAGAAGGCCCCCAGCUCAGAGAAGAUCCUGGCUCCUGAGAAAGUCCCCACCCCAGAGAAAACUCUGACUCGGGAGGACAAGGCCCCCACCCCAGAACACCCCACCCCAGAGAGGAUCCUGACUCCUGACAAAAUCCUCAGCCCAGAGAAGACCCCGACUCUGGAGGACAAGGCCCCCACCCCAGGGAAGACCCUGACUCUGGACAAGGCCUCCACUCCAGAGAGGGUCUUUUCUGUGGCAGAGGCCCCUGCUCCAGAAGUCCCACCUAAGGAUGAAGUCCCUGACCCAAAGACGGCCCCUCUAGGGGAUGAGACCCUCUCCCUAGAAAAGGUCUUGCCCCCAGAGCAGGUGCUUUCUGAAGAAGGGGCGCCCACUCGAUUCCAUCACUGCUCUGCGGAGGAAACCCUGCAGAAGGUUGAGCCCCUUGUGGCCAAAGAGGCUGAAUCCCAGAAGGGCCACAUGCCUCAUUCCUCAGACAGAUGCCUCUGUGUGAUGGAACGCCCCCUAGAGAAGCAGGACAGCUCUCCACCCCAGUCUGAGUCCGCGUCCAAGCCAGGGUCCUUGCCUGUCCCUGAGAAGCCUCACCCCCAGGAAGGGGCUACAACCCUCCUAGAGGCAGCUUCAAAAGUUGAGACUGCUCCCCAAGAGGAGGCACCUCUGAAAGAGGAGGUGCCCCUAAAAGAAGACGUGCCCCCCAAAGAGGAGGUGCCCCCUGAAGAGGUAGCUCCCGAAAAGGAGGUGGCUCCCAAGGAAGAGGUGCCCCCUAAAAAGACAGCCCCUGCCCCCCAAAACCCACAUCCAGUCAAGCAAACUCCAGACCCCCAAGAGACUCCCACGCUCCAUUCCCCGGUCCUGGAAAAUCCCACGGACAGCAGGAACGACAGGGUGGAUGUAACGACGCUGAAGGGCGAGGUGGAGUCUCUACGGAGGGCGCUGGAGCUGAUGGGGGUGCAGCUGGAAAGGAAGCUGACCGACAUCUGGGAGGAGCUGAAGAGCGAGAGGGAGAAGCGCCGGUUGCUGGAGGCUCAGAUGAUGCAGAGGACCCAGAAGGCCCCGGCACGGGGCUCCGUCCACGCGCAGACGCAGACGUACUGA